CGGGAAGAGAAGGAGAGAGACAGUGUGGCUGGGAAAAGGCUGGAGACUCUGGGGUGCAUAACGGGCCUGGGGUACAUGUUGUUCAUGGUGGUUGGCGCAUGAUGCCGUUGUUCCUUGGUAGGAACCUGGAAGCCGAUCUCUUGGCGGCCACGCUGGUGGUGAACGUCCGUCUGAUCGCGCGCGAAUACACAUACACCAAAACAGUUCGAAGUACCGAUCGAACCCCGAAGGCUAUCUUGCAACUCAGUCAUGUGCGAUACGACGUUCACGUUUGGUCAGAGGGGCAACCACUUCUUCCAGUGUCCCUCUCGGCGAGACUACACGCGCAUUCCGAAGAAACUCACUUCACUCCUCACAUCGGCGCAGGUUCAGGAAGUGUAUCACGUAGCUCUUGGCUUCGAAGACAGCUUUCUGCUGACCUAUCGUGACAAACGUGGCCGCGACCACAUCGAGUCCCACAAUCUCCCUACCGAGCUCACUACCUUCCUCCAUGCCAAAAACCCCCAAGGCCGGCCUACCCGAAACAUCCCCGCCAUUCGCCUGACCCUCGGCCCCCACAACGCCUCUUUCUUCGUUCACGAUGCCGGCUCUUACAUCUGGAUGAAUCUUCCUUCUGGACUACUAACCGCGCUUCAAGCGCGAAUAAAAGACGGUAACUGGACAGACCGACCACGCCUUGUUGCGUUAGGCGCCGAUGCGAACUACCUCCUCCUCACCGAGAGGCACGCUGCAGUCUGGGACCUGCGGCACUACACGACCCUCUCCCGGAUGCUAGAGUAUUCGCGCACGCAAGCCCGGGGUAUCGCGGACGUGCGGAACGUAGCGCUGCAUCCGUAUCGGUAUCAGUGCUCGAUUGCGCAGUCGGCGAACGGGACGGUGCUUAGUGACAAUGUUCCACCGCAUGAGGCUGCGGGGAUCGAAAGCAUCCGGGCUGCCAUCUUAAAGGAUACGGAGGAGAUAGAUAUGCGCGUGCAGCAGUCGCAGAGCAAAAUUGAGAGCGCCCCUAGGAGACCUGGCCUGCAGCACCAGGCGACGCUGAGGAAAGAUUGGGGUGAAAGAAAGCAGGAGUUCCGCGCACAGUCUAAGGGGUUAAGGUUGAGUCUCAGUUUGAGUGUUAGUGCAGCCGGUAUCGCGGGAAGCUUUAGUAAGAUGCUUGGAUAGGGCUGGAGGAUAUAUUCGAAAGUUUAGCUGCUGGAAAUGCGCCCGUGUCUCGACUUUCAACGAAAAGACUUGGUAAUCCAUAUCUAUGCGUUCAUUAGUGAAAACAAGUUCGACAAGUUUCGGGAGCUAUGAUCUCUUUAGGCAAAAGCUUCAAAGGUAAUAUAUUGUGCUAAUAGGAAGUCGUCACUGAACUCUGGUC